UUUAUGUCAUUUAAUUCUUCUGUGUUGGCUGUGAACUUGUAAACCCCUGCAGGAUAUCUACAAGAAUGUACACAGCACGCUAGAAAAUACUUAGGCCUUCUAAAACUACAUUUACAGUCAGUAACACAUGUGUAUGAGACACAGCAGUGCUUUCAUUGUGUUGUCAAAUCCACUGCCCCAAACACACAGUGUACAAUGUGUUUUCUGUUUUGGAAAUAAGAAAAAGUGUGUUCAAAAACAGUUAAAGAUGUAUAAAAAUAUUUCUAAUCAUUCAAUUCUUAAAUUUUUUUGAAAGAAUUUAAGAAGAUGAACAGGGGAAGACUCAAAACUGAAGACGAGUGUUGCAUCAAAGAAAAUUAUAUUUAUCUUAAAGAUAAUAUUGAAGCUAAAGAGCUUGUGGAUUAUCUCUUUCAGAACAGUGUUAUUUCAGAGAAUGAUAAGGAAGAGAUUCAAUGUGGAAAAACAAAAUAUGACAGAAACGAAUGUUUACUGAAAAAGAUCUUAAAUUCCGGUCCAAAUGAAGCGUUUAGUAUUUUCUUGAAUGCAUUAAAGGAAUAUUUUACACCGACUCAUAGUCAUUUGGAGAAAUGGCUUCUUGAGCACAAUGAUAGUGCCUUAAGGAAAUCAAAAGCAGACGACAACGUUGGGGAUACAUGGCCAGAAAAUAGCACUGAUGUUCAAGAUAUCGAGAUAGAUGGACCCAAAGGAUCGAAUAACUUGGAUUUCAGCAUUUCUUCCUUGAUUGAAAUUGAAGAUGAAGACUUGAAGGAAUUGCCCAAGGAGAAAGUAGAGAUGUACCUCAGGACUUUGUUCAUAGCGCUGGAAGAAACUCCAACAGCUAAAAACGACACAGAAAGUGUAUCUGAAAUCCUAAGAUUAUUGUGUUACAACGAACACGCUAUUCUAAUUAUAGAAGUACUAAGUGACCAAAUGUAUUUGAUAGAGAACAUAACCGAACUGUGCAUUGAUUGGAUUGAAGAAGCCUUGGAUCUUAAAAAGAAAGACUCCAUGAAAGUCCCAGUCAGUGUAUUAAAUCUACUCGUGGCACUGGAGGUGCUCUUCUCAAGCGAUUUACAAAUCUUGAGAAAAAAAGAGAAUGAAGGCCAACCGCUAAGUCCUUGCACGAACGAGCUUGAGAAAAAAAUGUUCAAAUUGUUUGCCUCAGUGAUGACAGCGAGUAUCAAUCCAGCCAUCCAAGAGAAGGAAAUGACUGACAUAAAGAAGAAGUGUUUCAUCAUCAUCUUUUAUUUGGUGAAAGACAAAAGGAUGUGGGAACGCAAAUGUUCAUUGAAUGAAAUCCAGCAGAUAUUGAAAGAUAACAUAAAUAACAGUGAUCCUGUGAGUAAAGUUGUCUCCACCUUUCUACAUCAGAUCAUACAUGAGGGUCCCAUAGAAUGCACAGAUGAGGUCAUUGCUUUAUCAGUUCAAUGGAUCAUGGAAGCUCGAAAAAGUAAAACAUUUACAGCCAAGAACGGUGUUGAUGCCUGCCUCCUGUUGAAUGGGUUGGAAAUAUUCUGCUAUACGGAUAUUGAUUUAUUGAAGCCUCAAGUACUCGAUAAGAAACAGUUUUUGGAACUUCUUAUUAUUUUGUUGAACCUAAAAGAGAGAUUUAUAAGACGAAAGAAACUGGACAGCAUCUGUUUGUCUGCCAUAAUGAUUGUAUACAACAUCAUUGUUUCCUGUACAUAUCGAGAUUUCAUCGAAUAUAAAUUAUUGUACAAGGUACUUUUUGAAUUCAUUGAAAAUGAAAAUAACAUUUUGAAGGUAGCAGCCAAUGUGACUUUAGCCAUGUUGUGUCACACAGAAUCUAUAGCCAUCAGAGAAAUCAAAGGUGAUGUAAUAGAAACAAUAACAGAAUGGUUUCUGGCAGCUAUAAGGCACCCCAAGCAAAAAUAUGGCCGAGGGUUUUAUGCGAGGCAUUUGUUACAAGCUCUUUGCAAAAUUUCAGCAAAUCAGUUCAACACAGGAGAGCUUAGAAAAAAAUUAUAUGAAAUCAGCUCAGCGGUUGACCAUCAUGAUAUAUCAUUGAAGGAAACGUUUGAGAUCAUAAAACAACAGGUGCAAAUAUCAACGUCAGAGAAAUAUGAAAUCGUACCAACAGUCGCUGCCUCAGAUCGAGAAGACCCUAAUGAUCAAGCUCAGGAUGAGCCAGUUGAAAUGAGAAAGGUAAAGCUCAAAGACAAGAGUAUUGACAUUCUAUUAAUUGGUAAAACCGGCAACGGAAAAAGUGCCACGGGAAAUACAAUCCUGGGACGUGAGGUCUUUGAAUAUAAAGACAGUGCUCAGUCAGUGACCUGUGAAAUCAAACACGCAUACACAACCUUCAAUUGUCGAGAGAUCAAGGUCGUCGAUGCGCCUGGAGUUGAUGAUACUGACAACAUGAAUGAUUUGGCGUUAUCCACGAAAAUAAUGAUAGACAGAAUGCAAGACGCCGUCUUGGAUCACCCUGACGGCUACCACGCUUUCCUUUUAGUGGUGAAGUAUGGAGGAAGAUUUACCAAGGAAGAUAAAAAUGUUAUCGAAACAUUAAAAAACAUAUUUGGGCCUAAUAUUGUUAAGGAGUACUGUAUUCUUCUUGUCACUCAUGGCGACAACUACAGAUCAAACAAAGCCAACAAAGAUAAACAAUUUAAACAGUGGCUAUCUGAACAAAAAGGUGUUUUCCUGGAGCUAUUUAAGGAGUGUGGAUCUCGUGCGGUGCUUUUUGAUAACAACACAGAGGAUGACCAAAUCAAGAAAAAACAGAUGAAGAAAUUGAUAUCAGCGAUUGAUAAUUUACAAUACGGUCGAAGAUACAGAAGCUCUCAUUUCCAUGCAGCUGAGGAAAGACGAAAGGAACUACUACUUAAAUCGAACGAGCCUCAAAUCUCUGAAGAAAUUAGAAAAAAGUGCAGCGCUCUGAUGAUGCAGUCGAUGAGUAUAGUGCACAAAGAUCCAGAAAAACAAAUUUCUCUGCUUCAAGGCUUAAUUAACGAGGCGAGAAAGCUGCAAAAAAAAGUUAUUGUUGACGACAAAGGUACCGGUAUUUUAAAAACAUCAAUUGAUACUACAAAUCAUUUACUUCUAACAGUUGAAAAACAGCCCACUAUUUUAAAUAUGCAAAAAGAGAAAUUUCGUGUUGAAAAGCUAAAAGAGGAAAUGGAGAGAACAAGUGAAGUGAAAAUGAAAGAAUACGAAGAAGAGUUAAGGCGAAAGGCUGAAGAAGAAUCCAAAUGGAAAACUCUGCAGAUAGAACAACAGAUCGAGGAGAAAUUUUCUGAGGACAGACAUCAGAUAAAGAACUUGGAGAAGACGAUCAAAGAUCUGGAAUCAAAACUCAAAGAGCAAGUAGAGACUUACCAAAAAAAUUUAGUUGAGACUCAGGCUAAAUAUGAGGAGAUGAUUGCAGAGAUGACAAUUCAGUACACUAAACUUAAGAAGAAGAAUUCCAGCUUUGGGAAUAGACUUAGCAAUCUAUGUGUGCAACAAUAAGAAGUUUGACAGAAGCCUGGUCAAAAGGCUAAGUACGCCUGAACUUCACUUGACUCGAGCAAAGUUGUGUGAGCGCCUAAAGGCAGCACGAAAAACCUUCUCCCAAAUACCCCUCCCCCCAACUGGUCCACAAAACUGAUUGACCAUAGCGCUUUGAGCAUGCUAUAGUCAUGAAAUAAAGGUUAUGUAUUUCAAUUUUCAUAACUUGCGUCGAUUUAAUUUACCUACUUUGAUUUACUCAUAUAAGAAUAUGGUCUGCAAUGAACGAAAUUUGGAUUUAAUUGUUAUUUAAUUUCUCAAUACAUUAUUAUAUAUAUAGGUCUGUGAAUAUUGAAUUUUCUUAUUCGAAACAAACUUAAAAGGAAUUAAUUUAGUUGUUGCUUGCUAAGCUUUAUAUCCCUCAAAAACAAAACUAAGGAAAUUGAUUUCAAUAUUCAAUUUUAAUUUUAAAUAUCUCAGCAGAGAAAAGAUGUAUAUAUUAAUGUAAGCUUUUUCUUUAAGUCCGGCUAGGCGUUGCGACGUCAUAAUUUAAUUCUAUAUAAAUACCAUGAUGUAUUUAUCAUACACAUUCUCAAAAUGUAUUUAAUAAAUUUAAUGUUUGUUACAUCACUGAAACAUGUACCUCCACGGCUCUACGGAGUACUGCACAUAUUAAUAUUUAUAAGCCAAUAAGUUUUAUAUUUACUAUUUAUUUAUAGUUUUAUUUAUAGCUAUUGAUAUGUUAUUGUAAUAUACUAGGAUUAUAUAUUUGCGGUAACUUCAAAAUAAAUGGAUUACAUUUUUUAAAAUAUA